AUGUCCAAAUCUCCAGAAAUGAAAAUAGAUAAUGAGUUAUUGGACGAUUAUUUGAAGUGGGUGUUAUCACCGUGUGUUUUUAGCCCAAGGUUCGGUGUUGAUGUUGAUAAAACUUAUAUUAUCGGGGCGUUCAAUAUUCAAAAAUUCAGUGGUGAAAAGUUCAAAAAUGAUGCUGUAAUGAGAAAUAUUGUUAAAAUUAUCAAACGUUAUGAUAUUAUUUUUUGUCAGAAGGUUAGUAUGUCGAAUCGUCAGGCUGAUUUGUUGAUGAACAAGUUGAAUGGUCGAUAUUCACACGCCUUAUCUCCUUCCGUUGGAAAAACAUCAGGGUCUAAAGAAUGA